UAUAAUAAUAGGAAAAUAGGUUAGCAUAUUAAUAUCAACACAUAAUAUGCAAUAUUGUCUGUCAUAUCGCUUGAUAUCUACAUAGAUAUUUAACUUUUUUGCAAGUUCAGUACAGCAUGUAACUAGCGAUUGACUCUUCGUUCGCCACCGGCUCUGUCAGUGUCAACACGAAGAAAAAAACACAUAGAACACACAACAUUUCAAAUCGCGAAAGUUUCACAGAAUGUACUUUCUCAAGACAUUUAUCAAAACUAUUUGGAACCUGUAUUCGUGAAUUUUAUUUCUAAAGUGAAAAUUGUAAAGUGUGUCACGACUGUGCGUUAUCAAGAUGGCAAUAACAUUUUUGACUUCGCCAAAUCCAGUGACUAUGGCUUUCAUGGGGCUUCUAUUGUCAAGCGGAAUGAACCUUCUGCCUUUUUUUGUAACCGAAUAUUCAAGAUUGGAUGAAGUUGCAGAUCGAAUGAGCUUUUCCAGAAGUGAGGAGUCCUAUGAUUUCAUUGUCGUGGGGGCAGGAUCUACUGGUUCAGUAGUUGCCAAUCGUCUAAGUGAGAAAUUUCGUGUACUUCUAAUUGAGGCUGGAGGUGAACCGUCUCCGCUGCAAAACGUGCCAUUGGUGGCUCCACUAAUGUUAGGGAACCCUAGGUUGGACUGGAAUUAUUUCACAGUUCCUCAGAAGUAUUCAUGUUUCUCACUUUAUGAUCAGAAAAGUUAUUGGCCACGUGGAAAAUCCUUGGGUGGCACAAGCAAUCUGAAUUUUAUGGUUUGGUUGAGAGGCCACCCUUUUGACUACGACAAUUGGGCACAUCUUACUGGAGAAGAACGUUGGUCCUAUGAUGAGAUUCUUCCAUACUUUAAAAAAUCUGAAACAUUUACCGGCACAGGAGAUUCAAAUUUUCAUGGAUUUGAUGGAGAAGUGACGCUCUCGCCGGCGACAUUUAGCCCACUUGCAAAAUACUUUGUGCGGGCCGCAGAAGAGCUAGGCUAUCCAAUUAUAGAUCAAAAUGCACCUUACCAAGAAGGUUUUAAUGAACACAUUUACAAUCAGCGGAGGGGUCAUCGCUGGGGUGCAUACAAUGCGUUCAUUCAACCAAUUAGGAACAUUCGAGGAGAUCGACUCACGAUUAGAAAAUACUCCACAGCCACUAAAGUGCUAUUCAAGGGGUCAAACAACUUGGCUUAUGGGGUGGAAUACGAACGCAAUGGGGUGCUCUAUAUGGCUACAGCAAAUAAAGAAGUAAUUCUAAGUGCUGGCACUGUAGGAUCUCCGAAAAUAUUAAUGCUGUCCGGAGUGGGGAAUGAAGAACAACUUGUGUCUCAUGGAAUCAAAGUACGCGUGAAUUCUCCUGGCGUUGGUGAAAAUCUACAAGAUCAUGUAAUUGGUCUUGUGGGUCCUUUUACAAUAAAUGAAGUACAGGGACACCAUUUAACCUACUUGCCGGGACGAGAUUCAAGUCCUGGAGAUCUGUUGCAAUAUCUUGGAAGUGGAGCAGGGCCCCUCACGCAAGCAGGCGUGAUGGCAUCAGGCUUCAUUGCUUCGAAUUUUUCUAAAUUAGAGGGGGGAAUCACGUGGCCGGACACUCAACUGAUUCUGCUCGCCAUCCCCAAGGACAAAGAUGCAGUGGAAACGUUGACCAGAAUUUACAAUUUAAAGAAAGAAAUUGCGCAAGAAUUCUACCAACCAGUGUUUGGCAAAGAUUCGUUCCACAUCAUGUCGAUCGUCAGUCGUCCUAAAUCUAGGGGACAGAUCCAGCUAGCCAGUGCAGAUCCAAAAGCCAAUCCCUUAAUAGACCCAAAUUACUACCACGACCCGCAUGAUGUGGCUUUAACAGUAAACGGCAUCCGUAAUAUAUUAAAUUUGGUGGAGAAUACGAAAACAUUUCAAGAAAUCGGUGCCAAACUGUCUAAUGUUUCGUUCCCAAGUUGUAAAGAUGAAGAGUUCAAUUCUGACACGUAUUGGGAGUGUUACCUUCGCCAUUACACUCUGAGCGUCUAUCACCCCACUUCUACAUGUUCCAUGGGAAGGUCGGAUGACCCGAACGCCGUGGUUGAUGGCAGAUUGAAUGUUAUAGGAACUGAAAGACUUCGAGUCAUCGAUGCAUCGAUCAUGCCACAAAUUGUUUCCAGCAACAUUCAAGCAGCGUGCACGGUAAUUGGCGAAGUUGGUUCCCAAUUUGUCAAGGAAUUUUGGGGUGUCGUCUAAGCCUGCAUUUUAAGUAUUUAAUAAUAGAGUGGGUAACUAGCUGAACCUAAAUAGCUCCCCAGUACUGAAUAUAAAAUAGACAAUGCAUUUACAUUAUCAAAUUAGCUUAUUUUAUAUGUUUGUUGAUGGUUGUAUUUUAUUUAUUGAAUCAAACAUUUAUUUAGAUAAGUGCAAAUUUAGAAUAAAAUAUUAUUCAACGGUCUUUGGAUUGGCUGGCAUUA